AUCGAAACAUUGAAAAGUUUACUCUGCCUCAAAUAAACGAAAAUUUUUUUUAAUUGCGUGGUUGUUAUUAAAGCAAUGAUAAUUUAAUUUUCGACUUCGAAUAAUUUAAAAUUAUUAAAACAUGUUAAUAUUCAAUCGUCAUAAGUGUCAUUGAUUUUUAUAAAUAAGUAAAUGGAAAAGAGACAAAAAGUGGAGUAAAAAAAAAUUGGAAAUUCCCUAAACCUAUAAGAUUUGAAAGCUUUUAAAGAAAUUAUUAACGUGAAAAGUAACAAAAUUAUUGUGAAAAUUUUAUAUUUAAGUAUAAUUUUUUAAGAGUUUGAUAUAACGCUUUGUUAAACAGCUAAAUUUCAAUUGUUUUCAUUAAUUUGAUUAAAUAUUUUUUUUAUCUAUAAAAUUUAAUAAAUUAAGAAUUUUAUUACAUUAAGUGAUAAUUUGACACAACAAAUGAUAAGCAACUAAAUUAUGAUUGUCAAAUAUGAGGUUUUAAUAUUAUUUAGUAUAACAAUAGUUUUAGGAAAAGAAAUUUAUAAAUCUGUUGAAAACAGAGAUGUAAUAGAAGGAGUUAAAGUAAUACUUACUUGCGGUUUUAAUCUACGUAAUAUAGAUCAAACAUUUCAUAUAUCUUGGAAAUCUCCUGAAACUUCGAAUAUAACUAAUUAUGAAAUAAAAUAUGAAAAAGAAUUUGUAUUAUCAUUUAUGGAAAUUGGUCUGAUAAAAAAAACUUCUGAUGAAGAUUAUUUUUAUUCUUGUCAAUUAUCCAAUGACACAAAUAUUUUAGGUGAAAAAAUCUUCUUAUUAAAAGUUCGUGACAAGAAUGACACGAAUAGUGGAUUUCAGGAUAACAAGAACCUUAUGUUACACAUAGUUAUGAUUUUAACUUCAAUUAUGUUGCUCAGUACUUUGACAAUCAUAUUAUUCAGAAGUAAAAAUACAACAAAGAAUACAGACAGAAGUUAUCAGCCGACAAAUAUCGAAGAACAAAUAAUGAAAUAAUUUAUAUGUGACUGAUAGAAAAUUGUACUUAUGUAUUUGCCAAAUAUUUUAAAUCUCAUUAAUAAUAUUUUUUAAAUUUUGCCCUUAUUUUAUGAUAUAUUAAUACAAAAGUGCCUUAGUUUCCGAAUGAAAUGAUAGAAAAUACAUAAAAAUUUACUAUAAAAUAUUGACCAUUUUAUGGUUUUAUAAUUUAGUAUACAAGAAUUAUAUUUUAAAAAUGUAUUCAAAAUAAUUAAUGUAGAUUUAAGGUUUCAGGAAAAAUAAAGGUAUUACAAUGAUAA